AUGCUGUGGGAGAGACCUCGGAGGCUGUGGCAGGUUCCCCUCAACGUGUUCUCCGUGGUGGGCGCACACUGCCUCACGCUGCUCGGUGACGCGGCGCUGUUCACACACCUCUACCAGGCUAACUUCACCGUGGCCCUCGUGGACGUGAUCGCCAACGAGUGCUCCCUGGCCCUAGCGCACCGCCUCGGCCUGCCCGUCGUCGCCUUCUGGGGUUUUUCCUUCCAGGGGGGCGAGGCGAAGGCUAUGGGUGUGUUUCAGUCCCCAGCGAUAGUCCCCGCGUUCAUGAGUGAUGUUGGGGCUGAGAUGGGCUUCCGGGAGAGGGUCUGGAAUACGUUGAUGAGCCUUGCCGAGUCAGCCCUCAUCGCCUACCACCGGUCCAACACUGAUUACUACAUCCAGCGCUUGGCUCCACACGUCCCCUUAAGCCACCAGCUACUGAGGGAGGUCGAGGCGGUGCUGGUCCACUCCCACUGGCUCCUGGACCACGCCAAGCUGAUGCCGCCCCACGUACAGUACUUGGGGUGCAUCCAGUGUGGGCCCCCUGCACCCCUGCCACACCCCCUGCAUGCAUGGAUGAACGGGUCAGGGGAAGCGGGGGUCAUUCUCUUCUCCCUGGGUUACACGGGGUUCGAGGCGUCAGCUGUGCCGGGCGAGGUCAUGGGUGCCUUCCUCAAUGCCUUCGCCCGUCUUCAGCAGCGGGUUCUUCUUCGCUUCAACCCCGCGCUGCUGCCCACGACGCCUGAUAAUGUGAUGGUGAUGGACUGGCUGCCCCAACAUGAUAUACUGGGCCACCCCAAAACCGUCCUCUUCGUCUCCCACUGCGGCCAGAGCGGCAUGAACGAGGCUGUCUACCACGGCGUCCCUCUGGUGGCCGUGCCGAUCUUUGCCGACCAGGGGGACAACGCGAGGAGGGUGGCGGAGCGGGGCCUGGGCGUGGCGGUGGACAAGACGGAGAUAUCGGAGGAGAGGAUCUACUCUGCCAUCACGACUGUCCUACGCGACCCUAAGUACCGCCAGACAGCCAGGAGAUUCUCACGACUCUGGAAAGACGAAGUGGAAGCGGGAGAGUCCGGACUGGAGGUGGCUGUGAGGUGGGUCGAGAAAGUCCACAACCAUGGCCGCCUCACUCACCUCCGUCUGCCCGGCGCCCACCUCUCCUUCCUCCAGUACUUCGCUAUCGACGUCGCGGCCCUGCUGGUGAUGGUGGUUCUUCUGCCUCUCUGUCUCGUCCAUCACUGUGUCUGUCGCCGCUGCUUCAAGAGAGAGUUAUUAGGUUCUUCUGGUAUGAGUUCGAAGCUGAAAGUCAACUAAGAGCCCAAGAUUAGAAGGUCGAAGAGAGGGAAGCGCAUUGAGGUCCUUUGCGUCUUUGGGUUCGGGGAGUUCGAAGGUAAAGUCAACUGCAAGAACUUCAAGAGAGAGUUAUUAAGUUCUUCUGGUAUGAGUUCGAAGCUGAAAGUCAACUAAGAGCCCAAGAUUAGAAGGUCGAAGAGAGGGAAGCGCAUUGAGGUCCUUUGCGUCUUCGGGUACAACGAGUUCGAAGGUAAAGUCAACUGCAAGAACAAGAGAGAACAUUGAGGUCCAUCGCGUCUUCUGGUAUGAGUUCGAAGCUGAAAGUCAACUAAGAGCCCAAGAUUAGAAGGUCGAAGAGAGGGAAGCGCAUUGAGGUCCUUAGCGUCUUUGGGUUCGGGGAGUUCGAAGGUAAAGUCAACUGCAAGAACUUCAAGAGAGAACAUUGAGGUCCAUCGCGUCUUCUGGUAUGAGUUUGAAGCUGAAAGUCAACUAAGACCCCCAAGAUUAGAAGGUCGAAGAGAGGGAAGCGCAUUGAGAUCCUUUGCGUCUUCGGGUACAACGAGUUCGAAGCUGAAAGUUAACUGAGGUCUUACUGGUGGUGGUGCUAGUGGUUCUUCUACCCCUGUACCUCCUCUACCAGUGUCUCUGUCCCCGACGUUUCAAGAGAGAGAUUGCAUUGAGGUCAUUGGUGUCGGGUACGAGUUCGAAGCUCAAAGUCAACUAAGAGUCCAAAGAACAGUAAGUUAACGAGUGGUUGUUAUCUACGUGAAUGUUUACCCGUAUUCAAGUUGUUUGUUUACAUUAUACGUUUAUUUGUGUG